ACGAGCGUACGUGGAAUACUUUUGGAAAAUUUUCCAAGCGGAAAAAUGUGGAAUGUUUUCUGUAUUCGAAGCUCUAAGAAAUGCAAAUGUUUUUGGACUAAGUUAGAGAACAUCUUUUCUUGAUAUAGAGUGCCAAAUCUCUUCGUUAACUAUCUAUUUCGGAUCUACACCAAAUUUAUAAGGUUGUUUGCAAUUUCAUCUCGAACAUUGAUAGAUUUUUAUCAUACUUGAUGAGUGUUUACCAUCUGAUCUAUCAAUGCAGUGGGAGUAAUAUCUAAUCAGUAGACUAGUUUGGCUGAAUUGACUUUGCAUAAUAAAUCAUACUUUUAAAACUAUGGAGUCUUGGAGUAUAGUGCUUUAUCUCCUUUUUAAUAUCAUAUACAGAAAUCUGUAUGUGCGCAUCUUGUCGUAUGUGAGAUAAAGAAGAUACACUGUAGCCUGAGGCUCUUAUGUAUGUUUUUCUUUAUACAGAUAUACGUUACACAAGAAACACAGGCACAAGAAAAAAAAGGAGAUGAGGUUGCUUUUCAACUAGCUUGUCAGUUUGGGAAACUGGUUUCAUCAUUUACAGUCGAAAGUUUGGUUCCAUUGAAACAUGUCUGUCCGUCUGAAUUAAAAGCUGUUGAUAUUGCUGAAUUGGAAAAUAUAACAUUGAUUGAAGCUUGUAAACUAUUUGUACGCGGAUCAAUUCUAAGUUUGGGCGGUGAAAAGCAGAAUUCCAGUUUUGGCCGGCCAGAUUCGGAAUUUGGCCAGCCGGAGUUAGAAUUCCAGUUUUGGCCGGCCAAAUUCGGAAUUUUCCAUGUGUAG